UGCAGAGCCCCGGCCACUUAUCGACUUGCACCGCUGGCGUUUGCGAAGAAGAUUGUUCUUGAGAGUUGCCGAUGCUGGAAACGGACAUACACACACCCCGCUCUCCUUGGCUCGGGCUGUAGAGCCAGGAGCGACAACCCCUCAACUUUACUGCGGGGCUUCGGGUGCCAGAGGGCGCUGAGAUCUCAAUAGCAGCAGCUAGGGGAGGAGUUUUGUAGUUCAGGGCGGAUCCCGCAGAGCAGCAGCCGCUUCCUGGCCGGCUUGGGAAGAAGAAACAGGGGCGCCGAAGCGCUGGACGUUCUUGGUGUUGGCACCGCCGCCCGGGCACGAGGAUGACGGUCGGUGCAGCAGCAGCUGGAGAUGGGGGGUCGCCGAAUCCCGGCCCCGCGGCAGUCUCUCUGGGCUUGAGCGUGGCUGUGGUAUCCAGCCUGGUGAAUGGCUCCACGUUCGUACUGCAGAAAAAAGGAAUCGUGCGGGCUAGAGGACGAGGAACUUCAUAUUUAACCGAUAUAGUCUGGUGGUCAGGCACUAUUGCAAUGGCACUUGGACAGAUUGGGAAUUUCUUAGCCUAUACUGCAGUCCCAACUGUUCUAGUGACUCCCCUUGGAGCCCUCGGAGUUCCAUUUGGAUCCAUUUUAGCUUCCUACUUACUGAAAGAAAAGCUCAACAUUCUUGGCAAACUGGGCUGUCUGCUGAGCUGUGCAGGUUCUGUGGUUCUCAUAAUCCAUUCCCCGAAGUCUGAAAGUGUCACCACUCAGGCCGAGCUUGAAGAGAAGCUCACAAAUCCAGUGUUCGUGGGUUACCUCUGCAUCGUUCUUCUCAUGCUUCUUCUGCUUAUCUUUUGGAUUGCACCAGCUCAUGGACCUACUAAUAUCAUGGUUUACAUCAGCAUUUGCUCAUUGUUAGGAAGUUUCACAGUGCCCAGUACAAAAGGCAUUGGACUGGCUGCUCAAGAUAUCUUUCACAAUAACCCAUCAAGUCAAAGAGCACUGUACCUCUGUUUGGUUCUGCUAGCAGUAUUAGGAUGUAGCAUCAUAAUUCAGUUCAGGUACAUCAAUAAGGCUCUGGAAUGUUUUGACUCCUCUGUGUUUGGUGCCAUCUACUAUGUAGUAUUCACCACUCUGGUCUUGCUGGCCUCAGCCAUUCUAUUCAGAGAGUGGAGCAAUGUUGGAGUGGUUGAUUUCUUAGGGAUGGCUUGUGGAUUCACUACUGUAUCUAUUGGAAUUGUUCUUAUACAAGUCUUCAAGGAGUUCAAUUUCAAUAUUGGAGAUUUAAAUAAGCCUAAUAUGAAGACUGAUUAAGAUACCAAUAUCAGAAGUGACUAUAAGACCCAGUAAAUUAUAAGGCCUUCCACUUCUAGACCAUGGGAAUGAUAUAGCCUAUGAUUUUUAAGCCCGGAGAACAACAGAGCCUUUCAUUCCUUGGUGGAAUGUGUGAAAUGAAUUGGUGUUCUCCAUCCAUUUUCUUUAGGACUACUGUUAUCAUGCUUCAACCAUCUAAAUGGUAUUAAAUGAAUACUCUUGUAACCCUCGCAGCAGGCAGGUAAUAAUUGCAUCAGUGCAAUUCUUCUUCACCCUAGAAGAUGGUUGAUAUCGCGCACGCAUUCUGGCAUAUUAGGAUGCAGGAACCUUUCAAAAUGCCUUCCUGAAAUGCUGUGUGAUUACAUUAAAUUCAGCUUCUGUGCUCAGUUGGGCAGUUGCCAUGAAUGAUAAACAGCCCUUUUUUUCCAAGGGCAGUGUAGAUACACUUCAAAAAAUUGUGACUGGAUUUUCCUCCUCUCUGUCUCAUUAGUUAUGUAGCAAAAUUAAUUGUUUUCACAGCUUUAUUUGAGGAUACUUAAAUCAGUAUUUCAAAAUCUAUAUACUGAUAUAUUUCCUUCCUUCAUUGACUGCCUCUGUAAUUUGGACUGAUGUUGAGCCCAACAUCAGACUGAUGUUGACUGAUACUUAAGUCCAAGACACAGAGCAGUGUAUUUAUCUCUCAAAAUACUGUUUUACCAGGUCAAAGUUGCUCACAGACCUAAGUAAUUAUGGCAUUCAGUAUACUGGUAUGCCUUUAUGUUCAUAGUAAGUAUCUGAAGUGCAUUAACACAUUACAUUACAUCCCAGAGCAUUUAAUGAUCAAUAAAAAAUAAUGUGAGGGUUGUGGCAGAUUGUAACCACUUUUCUACACCCCCCCCUUUUUGGUAGAUCAUUUGUAAAUAGAUGGAAACUACUUCAGUGCCUUUUGUAUUCUAAAAAGACCACAUAAGUUGAAUGAAUUUGUGUUUUGAGAAUCUCUGUGGGGCAGUUCAUUUUCUCCUAACAUUUGGCUGUCCUCAUGCUUAUAAACUUGCAAAACGGUCAGAAAGGGCAGUAUAUUUUCAGUAUAAUUAAGGUGACUGUGCAGUAACUUCCAUGCACCUCCUAUUGUGUGCUUGCUCCGAGGAGCAGUAUUCUACAAUUGCCCAUUCUCAGGGUCCUAGUUUUUCCCUAACAAAGUUCAAUAAGCUACUUCAUAGCAUACUAAGUCAGGUUUUGAAAAGGAAGCUUGUGGUGAAGUGAAUGUUUAAUUCCAGUUAAGGAAAGUUUAACCAAGUGUCCCAAGUGGCUCUUCAGCCAUCAAGAAUCCCAAGCUAUUGUCACUCACAUAGAAAGCAAUUCAGAUCAGCCUGAGGCACAGAACUCUCUCAUUUUACAGAAAUGACAAGCUAAAGCUAAUUUGGUAUACCUGAUUCAGAUAUUAAGGAUCUGCUUUGCUAUAUGAAGCUUCAGAUUUGAUUUAACAGCUUGAGGGUACUUAAAGAUAUAUUAUCAGUCUUUAAUUUUAAUGUGUUGGAAGUCUUCCAUAGAACUAUUUUAUCUUAUUGGUUCAAUGAUAUAUAAAAUAUGUAUUGAUUAAAAAAUCUGCAUAUUUUCCUAAAUAUGCAAAAGUUUUGAUGUACUUGAAGUACAGUUUCUGUAUUCACCAAGCAAAUAAGCAAUUAAUCCAUUCAAAGUCCAGCUUUCAGUUCAUUAAAAGCCACUCACAGCAAUAACAUUAUUUAAACAAUGGGUGAAAGUUCACCACAGAUAAUUAUCAGUUUUCUAAAUUAACACAAAUAAUCAGGGUAGAAGCUCUGCAAUUCCUGUUAACUUUUGUCUGUAAGUUGCAAAUGGGACGUCAUAAAAUAAGGGGCACUCCACAUGUUAUUGCUUGGGCUUAUGUACAUUAGAUGUAUAUUGUCAUGUUUGGAUUGGCCAUAGACUUCCUAUUUCACCAUGUCUAUACAUGGUAGAGUAGAUAAAUAUAGCCACUUCAAACAUUAUGGUGAUCACUCAUAUUAUACGAAGAGGCCCUUAAUUAAGGGUCUACAAAUUUUGUCUUGGUUUACAAGCCGGCCAUCUACUACAUAGUGUUCACUAUGUAGUAUUCAUGUUAUUUGUGGUCAGCACCAGUCCUCUCCCUGAAACCUCCUGAAAUGCACAGAGGCCUUGGGAAAGAAGCAGGGUCAUCUUAUUUGUGUGGAAUGCAGACAAGGUAAGAAAUAGCAGAAAUCUCUCCCACUGCUUAGACAAGAAUCCUACUGUUUCUUGCUGGCUUGAAAAAUGUGAUAGGGUAAGAAUCUACUCACUGGGUGUCCUGCUCAGCAGCAGACACUUGUCCCUGACAAGUGGAUUUAUGGAUGGCUGCCCUUAAUCAGUAUUCAUACAGUUUAGAUAUUAAUUUUGUGUAGAAACUUACUGUUUGUGAUUGAUAAGUGUCUGGAGGGAAUUAUUGUGAGGCACUGUAUUUUAAAUGAGAUGUGGUUGACAUUUCACAUUUUUGAAAGAAAAUUGAUGAGACAUGGUUAUUUUGUUCCUAUUUUUAAAAAAAUGUAUGUCCAGAGGUUAAAUCACAUUUGAUUGAUUCUAGCCUUUAACUUCUGAUGACCUCAGUUGAGUUUUCCUUUAUGUAAGCAGGCACAUGGGUAUGAGGAUUAUCUCAUUCUAGAAAUUGUAGCAAAUGCUUGCUAUGUGCAUUAUUGUUCUCUGUGAAAAAGUGCCUAACCAAGUAUGCUGCUACGUAUGCACAUUUAAAAUCCUACACAAAGCUUUCUUUUCUGAAUGUGGUAUUGUCAGUUUAGUCCUGGGAUAGCUAACCAGGGCAGGGGGGGGUCAUUCUCUCCUCCCAAUAAUGGUCUGGGGCAGAAAUAUAUUUUGCCAACCAAAUGUACCUCAUCAGGCUCCAUAAUAAAGAAGGUGCCAUCUGGAAGUAAGCACUUUACAUAUACCGAGUGAGUGUAUGUGUUUGUGUGCUCAGGCACAGUAAAUACAAACUAUGUACACUUUCAGAUAAUGUACAUGCUACAUAAAAGAGAAAUGUAACAUUAAAAUAUGGAAUACCUCUUGUUCUUACAACCUGAAAACAUUUUUUUUAUUUUCCUUAAGAGUGAAAUUGUAUACAAACUUGAUUUACCACACUUUGAUUUUAAAAGCUGCCAGAUAAAAUGGGGUCUGCCAGUUGGAUAUCCCUACUUUGGGCAGUAGUGUGUGGCAAGUCCAUCUGAAGCCAUUUGUGAUUCUUUACCUUUCUCCAGUGCACCACCUCCCUGCUUAUGACACUUUUUGAACUGGCUUGUGUAGGCCGAUUUGUGAUAUAGGGGACUGGCUUUUUGGUGUGCUGCCUGGAGGGAUUAGAUGGCCUUAACGCCAAAAGCCAGAAUGCUGUGACAUAUUUUCAGCGGCCUUGCACAUAACUUAUAUCUCAGCAUUUAACAUAUUGAAUGGUAAACAGAUAUAUAUUUUUUUGCUACUUUUGUUCAACUAAUAGUAUCCCUUCUGUUUCGUUUGUUACCCAGUGGCAAGUUCAGGUUCCCUAAACAUUGGAUGUAAGAACAUCAUUGGUAAUGCUAGUAUAAGACUUUCUUCCAUUCCCUGAUCUUUUACUGUUACUACUUCUGUAUAUUUUUUUCAGCAGUACUGGGAAAUAAACAUGCUGUAAUCUCCUGAACUUCAGUCUUCCUCAAACUUUGAUAUGUUCUUACUAGGUUUUGGCACAGUUCAUACACAUUGAUUGUCAAGAGCCUGGUCACUUAAAAUAAUCAGAGCCUAUGCUUAUAAAAAUAUUUUAAGUGGACUGUAUAUUCAUGGAAGGCAUUAAAUUUUAGCUGAGCCCUCCCUAAAGAUAUUUCAUAGUGUAUUUAUGAAGUAUAAUGAUGUGCUGAAGAUGCUUAAUUCUGUUAGUAACAUGUUGUAGGAUUUACAUAUUUCUGCUUUAUUAAGUUCCUUUAAGUCUAUUAGUAAUAAACCUUUCCAAUAAAGCCAAAAAUCCUUUAGUUUUUCCUAAAUAACAAUAUGUUGUGUAUUUAAAAAAAAAAUCAAAGAUUGCAACCCGCAGCCUGCUGACACAGGAAUAAUUUUAUGUACACUUGAGGCACAAUCCACUAGGAAAUAUUUCUAGAGAAGAAAUCCAACAAUCCGUUCAGCUAAUGAAAGUUGCACAAUAUUUCUUGAAUAAUUUUAAUGGGACUAGUUUAGGAGAUGGAAUUCUGGAUUGUGCCCUUCCCUAUAGAGCAACCCCAGGAAUACUUACGACAAAGGCUGCAACCCGAAGCACACCUAAUUGGGAGUAAGCCGUAUUAAACAAUGUGGGACUUACUUCUGAAUAUAUAGAAGUGCUCUUUAAAUUGCUUUUACGUUGUUGCCUAUACAAAUUAUUUCUUAUAGCUGUUCCAGAUUGAGUGUAUGUGUGAGUGAAAGAGAUUCCUAUUUAUUAAUUAAUAUGAAUAGGCUCAUUUCAUUUAUAUGAAAUUAUCUUAGUAAUUUUAUUGAUUUAUACUGAAUGUAGUGAUAUUGAAGAAAUUAGCUCCAAAAGCACUGGAUUUUGAAACGUUACAAUGGAAGCUGUGCACUUCAUCUUUAUAUUACGGUAGUUUAAGAUUUUAAAAAGAUGGUUUAUAAACUGCACUGAAAGUUGGAUUGUAUUUGCAUGAUGGACCACUCUCACUUUCUAAUUUAAACAGAGGAUUUUAAAGACUUCAGAGCUCUUUAGAGACUAUGAUCAUAUUACAUAUACACUGUUGGCAUAUGGGUUUGCACUUUGGUGGGAAUUAUUACGUAGAGCCAAUACCUAGGACAAGGGUGGGGAACAUGUGAUCCUCCUGGUGUUUCUGGACUACAACUCCCAUCACCCUUAACUGUUGACCAUGCUAGUUGAGGCUGAUGGGAGUCCACCCUCAGCUGGAGAGCUUUUUGUUCUUUUAUUUGUAGUAGGGGUGAUGAUGGCUGGUAUGUUUCAAAUUAAAAUAUGAAUACAAACAAUAGAAAAGGUGGUUGGGAGCAAGACUCCUAAAGGCUUGAUUGCUUAAAUACUAUUGUGUUGCAAUAUAGUUAGGUCAGGCAUAUUAAAGAGGACUAUUUUAUUAGUUUCCAAGACAAUAUGUAUAUAAUUUGUUAAAUGCUUAAAAACUUUAGCUUUGCUUUAAGCCAACAGUUAUAGGCAUGUUGUAUUUGCCUUGUAAAUUAGCAAAGGCUGUUUAUUAAGGUUUCUGACAGCAGACCUAUUUAUUAACAUGUAAUGUUUUCAAAUAAAAAAAAUUAUAGCUCCA